GUUACUGAAUGUUCUCCGAACGUUCCCUGUUAGCUAGGACGUAUCCUAUUUUCACUGUAAAUUAGCUAUAGAUCCUCGAGCUCCAGGAUCAUGAGGCACGAGCUCACCUUACUUCUUGCUAGGUUAACUGGCUGAAAUGACAGGAAGAGGCAAGACGCUGACAGGAAGGGGAGUGGACAGUAAGGGACCAAAGAUAAUGACAAAAGAGGUCACGAAACAGGUUGAGGAAGAUCCCAUGUACUGUGAAAGUUCUCCCAUGAAAAAGAAACGCCCUCUGUGUGAUAAAUCUCCAUCUUUAAACAGCUUGGAUGUUUUUCAGGCUGCAGUGACAGAUUCUAAUAGAGAGGUCAAUGUCUUAUUUUCAAAGUUUGCAGAAGUUAUGAGUGAGAGGGCAGCGGUAGAUGGUUCACAGGUCAGAGAACUGGAGGACAUCAUGACAGAGGUGAAGGGACUGGAGUCCCAUCUUAUGGAGAGGAAGGAGCUGCUGAAGCAUUCACUGGCCAUCGUUUCCAACAAACUGCAGGGAUAGAUCCUCCAAUCCUCACACUGCCACAC